AUGACAACAUUAUUAUUUAAAGAAGAAAUCAAGUGGUUUUGGUAUAACGAUAGUGCGUGGGUUGCCUAUACACAAGCACAGAUAGACGAUUUCGAAGCUGCUUACGCAAAGAAACCUGGUGAAAUCAAAGUGGAUAACGAUCGUUUCAUAGAUUUAAAACUUACACACACUGAAAUUGUUAAUAAUUUCUCUGGAAUCAACGAUAAAGAUCUUAUUGGUAUUCAAAGAAGAUAUGAUGAUCACAUGAAGAGAAGAGCUGUCAAGCGUACCCAUAUAGGAGUUGCUCCACUGACCUUUUUCCACGGAAUCGAAUUCUGUUUCAUGGAGACUGUCUUGGGUGGAAAAUCAGACGGCACAACAGCAACCAAUAUCACCAAGCUUGGUGGUAUUCUAUCCACAAAGAUUACACCGACCCUUAAAUUUUUAGUUAUCUCAUCAAGUGAAGUUAAAAAAACAGAUCCUGUACAGUUCAAUAAAGUCAUUACAGAUGCUGAAGCAGUAAAAGCCGUUCCAGUAGAAUCAAACUAUAUCAAGAGUUGUGUUAGUAACAAGAAGAAGCUAGACCAUACACCAUUCAUAGUUGCUGUACCUGUAAAAGUAGAUACUGCAACACCAACACCAGUUGCGACACCCGUUGCAAAGUUAGAUUCUUCAUAUGUGUUGGCAGGAAGUGAGUGGGCUGGUGUAUGUACAGUCGAUGGUGAUCAUUAUCCAAUGACUUUGAAGGUCGAUACUUUGGAUGCUUCGACUGGCGAGUUGAAUGGUACUCUGUCGUGGGCAACGCUCGGUGGCGCCAUCACAAAGAUAAAGGGAACCGUGAAAGAAGGUAAGUUUGAUUUCGAAGAAUACGAACUGGUAUCUGGUGAUCCCGAUGAGAUCGAGCUUCCCAACUCGUACGUAUCGACCGUCUCGCUCGAGAGCAUGACCGGUAACGUCGACGGCUCGAUCUUCCAGUUGAAGCUAACCAAGUCACCACCUGUCACCACCAUGAAACCCUACACCAACUACAAGGGUAAGGUUACACAGAUCGAUAACUUCAAACUCAAAGUACUCAAGCGUGAAGAUGAAAAGAUCAGCGGUACUCUUCACUGGCCAUACUACAAUGCCACCGCCGAAUUCGAUGGAACCAUCCUCGAGGAGACCAUAACAAUCAAACAAUAUAAAGAAGGAAAAGAGUUGGGUCCAGAAUUAAAAGUACCAUUUAACAUUGUUGUAACAAAAGUAAAAGAUCAAAUAAAUAUGAAAAUUUCAAUAAAAAUUUAA